ACAAGAUAUUUUUGCGGGGUUUAAAAACCUGCUGAAAAAAUAACAACUUGUCAAAGAUCUUGUAUAUAUGACAGGAUCUUUUUGCUGGGUUUAAAAACCUGCUAUAGAAAAAAAAAACACAAUUUGUCAAAGGUCCUCUAAAUGUGACACGAUGCUCUGCUGUGAAUUAUUUUGGACCAAUGCUGCAAUGAUCUUCAUGUUUUUUCCUUUUGUUUGAGGUGAAAAAGGCCCAAAGAGUUCCUGGUGUCCUAGAUGUUGGACAUAGAUGCACACCUGCUGUGCGUCCAUGUGCGAGUACAAAGGCAGCAAAGUUGUUGCAUGCAGGACCAGCAGGAAGGACGCGAGACCAGCAGGGAGGACUCGGCCGACGACACGAAGCAGAUCAAAAAAGCACAAGAAAAAGGAAAAGCAACAAAGUCAGCGACGGGACUCAAAGCAGGAAAACCGAUCCAGACUCUGGACUCUCCUUUGGAGAUCUUCAUCAUCUGUGCACAAGGAGUCUGCAGAUUCUUCCACACACCAAAAGACAACACUGACACAGAGGACAACAUGAGCACUGGAAGGUUCCCAAGUGGAGGCAGAGACAAGUACAGGCUGCACAUGGUGACGUGGAACGUGGCCACCGCGGAACCCCCCGAUGACGUCACCUCGCUGCUCCAACUGGACGUACAACCCCCCACCGACCUUUACGUGAUCGGGCUGCAGGAAGUGUGCGCCACGCCCGUCAGGUUCAUCUCAGACCUGAUGGCGGACGACUCGUGGAGCCACGUCUUCAUGGACACGCUGGCCCCGCGAGGAUUCGUCAAGGUGGCGUCAAUGAGGAUGCAGGGUUUGUUGUUGUUGGUCUUUGCCAAACAAGCCCACAUUCCUUACAUCCGAGACAUCCAGACCACCUUCACCCGCACCGGAAUCUUCGGCUACUGGGGCAACAAAGGUGCGGUGUCUGUGCGCUGUUCCUUCUACGGCCACAAGGUGUGCUUCCUCAACUGUCACCUGGCGGCGCACAUGAACUACGCCCUGCAGCGCGUCGACGAGUUCGAGCACAUCCUGGAGACGCAAGACUUUGACGUCGCCGACACGCCACGAGUGCUGGACCACAAGCUGGUCUUUUGGUUUGGAGACCUGAACUUUCGUAUCGCAGAUCACGGCUUGCACUUCCUGCGCUCGUCCAUCAACGGCGGCCGUGUUAACCUGCUAUGGGACAAAGACCAGCUGAUCAGCAUGAAGAAGAAGGAGGCGUUCCUACAGGAGUUUGAGGAAGGGCCACUGAAUUUCAAGCCCACCUACAAGUUUGGUCGUAACUCUGACGCCUAUGACAUCAGCGCUCCAAAAUCAUGGUGGGCUUUUAAAGUGAGCAAUGUGGCGCUGCCCCUGACCAUGUAUAGACCCAGACCCCUGCAACGCUGCAGCACCACCCUCCUCUUCCUCCUCACCUCCCUCACCUGGGCGUUGCUCUCUGUCCGGCUGGGGGGCUGGCACAGGGAGCUUGACCCGCCCAGUGGCAAGAAAAGGAAGCCAGCCUGGACAGACCGCAUCUUGUGGCGCAUCAAACCCAAGAACGUGCCGUUGGACGGCGACGACGACGACGACAAGGCGUCCGCCUCUACAGAGGACGACCUGGACGAGUACCCCCUAGUGGUCAGCCAGGACAAAUACACCAGCGACAUGAGCUACGGCGUCAGCGACCACAAGCCUGUCAUGGCCAGCUUCAGCUUGGAGCUGAGGAAACACUUUGACACUGCGCUGGUCCAUGUGUCUCCGGAGGGUGUUUGGAGCGCCGACCACGAUGCUCUUCUCAACUACACGGUCCAGGAAGACUUCAUGUCCUCAACAUGGGACUGGAUCGGCCUCUACAAGGUGGGGUUCAAGAGUGCGAGCGACUACGAGACGUUCGUUUGGGUUCGUGAGGACGAGCUGCCGGAGACUGACGAAAUCAUCCAGGUAUCGGUGGAUAAAGACGACAUUCCUCUCCUGGGAGGACACUUUGUGUUAGGCUACUACAGCACAAACAUGCAAAGCAUCAUCGGCCUCAGCGCCAACUUCCAGAUCUUGGAAUCCAAGCGUGCCGUCAUGGAGGGCCUCGUUCCAGAGAACGCCAACGGACUCACCAAAUAAACAGCAACUCACUCCAGUGUCUUAUAUCAUUUAAUGUCGAUUUAGUUGAACACACACCUUCUUGUAACAAAUAGCCUUCGAGUAAAUCAUCAAAUAAAAAUGCCAAACUAAGUAAAAAGGUAGUGUUGGAUUGGUUUUGCCUCAGAUUUUUUUGGAUUUGAAUAAUGACAAUAUUAAAGAGAUGAUCACGAAUAAUCAUGAAAGAAUGAUGUUAACUAUACUUAAUGGUAAUUUCAGCAUAAAUUAAGUGAUUUUAGCCUUUCCGUUUGCAUGUUAUUAGUCAAGUUGUGUGGCUGUUAAUGAACGUCUAAGAAUGCUGGAAAGUAUAUUUUGGUAAAUGAUUAAACUGGAAAAAA